CCGCGCUGGGCACCGCUUUCCUGCACCUCACAACCACGCUGACGCCCGACACGCAGUCCAGCGACCAGUCUGAGUCCGACCAGGCGCUCGACUCCGACCGGCCACCUCAACCCCAGCUUCUGCGCCUUUUCGAAGAUGGAGACGCCAGCAUGCUCGUAGCACCCGGCGCGUCUCAGCCCUCGCCCUUCGACCAUGCCCGUCCCCACCAUGCACCCAGCGACGGCCCUCUCUCGCCCGUGCAAACAGCUGCCGCCGACAUGGAAGGCGCCUCCGCCCUGCCCGCGACCCCCGAUGCGCCUGCCGCGCCAGCACCGCCUGCCCUCCCCGACCUCGUCUCGGGUGAGGGCGCGCUGUCCACCGCCGACCUGAACCCUGCUGCCACCGCGACCGCUGAUUCUGCAGCCAAUGGCCUGCCGACCUUGGAUGCGCCCAUCUCGCUCGCGCCGCCUCUCGACAUGAGCCUUGCCAUGGACAUGUCUUCCAUGGCGCCCAUGCCUCUGAACAUGGACAUGAGCGGCUUUGGCAUGGCGCCCGACCUCAUGCCCAUGGAUUUCUCGGGCCAGGACCUUGCCAGCGACGAACGCGUCAACGCCUUUGCGCGCCUGCGCUUUGACGACGGCUCCUACUACAUGCACACCUAUCAGAUCAUCCUUGGCCGUAACCUCGCUCUCGCGCGCAAAGACAUGAAGCGUCUCGCCAAGGUUGCCGACCUGGAGAAGAGCGGCGAUCUGUCCGCCGCCCAUGCGCUGCUGCAUGGAAAGAAGCGCAAGCGCAACGGCCGUGGCGCCCCGAGCGUCAUCAGUGAGAAGGGCGGUAUUGUCAGCGCACGUAUAGACUCUAUGCCCCUAGCGUAUCAGCAGGGUCGACAGCCAUCCCAGUCAGCCAGUUCUGGUUCCCACCAGAACGGCGAUGCUGCUGGGGAGAAGGCCGCCGAACGUGCACCGCAAGAUGUCAUCAUGCAGGCCUUUCCCGAGCGACCUGACCAGUUUGAAGGUCACAUUCCAGAGGACCCCAAUGACUGCCCUCUCGUUCCUAUCCACCCUGAGCACGUUACCGCUAGGACCGGUAACGCUGGGCCAAAGGGAAUCUCACGUCGCCAUGCGAAGAUCUUCUACAACUUCGAAGAGGGCUCUUUCUGCAUUGAGGUCCUCGGGAACAAUGGACUGCAUCACGAGGGCCAAUUCUGUCCACAGGGUGCAAUCGUUCCUCUCGAACAUGGUGACAACCUCUCAAUUGGAGCUGUCAACAUCCAGUUCUUCCUUCCUGAUGUUGCCCUCACUGAACAGCAGCGUCUGCGACAAGAGUCGGGUUCUCGACCUAUAAGCUUCUCGUUCGAGAACGGAAAUGGCGAGAUGGAGGGUGACGAGGAGGUGAGCUCCGACAGUGAAGGACAGAUGAGCAUCAAUCCUCGUCAAAUGUACUAUCACCCUGUCGAUAGUGACAUUGAUUCGGAAGAAGAUGCAAACGACGAAGAUAUGGGCGAGUACGAAGAGCCUGCACCCAAGCAGAAGAUCAAGCUCAAGCUCAAACCACCGCGCUCUCGUCCGCGCGAGCCGUCCCCUCCUCCAAAGAAGUCGAAGAAGCAGAGGGCUCUGGAGAAGAAGAGAAAGCGAGAACGUGAGCGAGAACGUGAGCAGGAAGAGGACGAGCACUCUCCGUACGAAUCACCAAUCAAGAAAGUCAAAAAGAUGAGACCUCUUCAAGAAGAGCCGGUCAGAGCUUCGCCAACAAAAGAACCCAAGGCUGCCAAAGAGACCAAACCAGCCAAGGAGGUCAAGGAGAAAGAGAUUGAGGCACCCAAAGAGAUCAAGGAGCUCAAAGAACCGAAGGAACCAAAAGAGAAAGGCAAAGCUCCUGCAAAGGCGCCGUCGAAGACACCAGCUCCUGAUGAGGCAACUCCCGACACGAUCAAGAAAGAGACCCCUGUCAAGGAUCAGCCUGUACCCGUCAAGUCGGUGCCGACGGAUAGUCCUCCGCUAUUGCGCAAGCCACUCGAGGCUGAGAUCGAAGCUGGUGGAGAGAUUGAAGGUCUCAUCACCCAAGAAAUGGCCGAUCGUCACCAUCUGCCCCAAAGCCUCGUCGGCCAUGUAGUAGAGAAGCGAAAGGGUCCGGGUCGUCCCCCGAAGGACGGUAUUAUGUCAAAACGACAGCGCUCGCAGCUCAUCAAACAGGCCAAGGAAAUCGAAAGGGCCAAAGCUGCUGGUAUUGACCCUGCGGACAUACCUGCGCCGUCCAUCAAGCCUAAAAUCACGAAGCGUAAGGACUCGAAUGCAGGAGACUUGGAUGGUGACGAUGUUUUGGAGUCGACUGAGAAGGGUGACGGCACCAUGCUGGGCGACAAGGGCAAGCAAAAGCAGCCGAUCAAACCACCGCGCACACCAUCUCCCGAGAUGCGCAUUGAAGACUACAGUGAAGAACAGUUGCAGCGUCCCUCUGCCAACUAUGUGGUACUCAUCCAUGAGGCCAUCUCUUCCUCGACUAGUGGCCAGAUGAACCUCCAGCAGAUUUACAACUACAUCGAGAAGAAGUACCCCUGGUACAAGUUCAAGACUACUACAAGUGGUUGGCAAUCUAGUGUUAGGCACAAUCUUGGACAGCACGAUGCUUUUGUCAAAGGCGACAAAGAAGGCAAAGGCUUCAAUUGGCGCAUCAAUCCUGAAGUUUCCAUUGAAAAGGAACGCCGGAAGAGGCAAGUAAGCCCACCAGUCAAUCACGCUCAGCGCCAGCAUUACUAUGCACAGCCAAACGGAUAUCCUCCAUAUCCUCCUCAACCUGGGUAUCCAUACCAUCCAGGUAUGCCUCCGCCUGGCAUGCCGCCUGCACCUCCUCGACUUCCUCCAAGUAUGAUGGCUUCAGCCCCUCGCCUACCUCCAAGUUUGGCUCGAGAUGCAAAUGCUUCAACGCCUACUGCAUCUCAGGGCGCUCCUCCACCUUCACCUUAUGCCUCGCCUUGGGCUGGAGGUAAUACAGCCAGUAGCCCCUCCGCGGCAAUGCCCCCUCGUCCCUACCCACAGCCGCCACAUGGACCACCUCCGGCCAGCUCAGGAGCUGGACAAACUGGCCAGUACGGUGUACUCUACCCAACGAGUGCGUCACCGUCACACAGCGGGCAUGCAGCAGGCAGUCCUUACGGGGGCCCAUAUGCUGCUGCAGGCGCAAGCCCUUAUGCUGCUGCACCUAGCCGUCCGUAUGCUCCAUACCCUCCUCAAGGUUAUCCACAGGCUGGCCCGUCAGGUCCUCCGCCCCAAGGUCCUGCAACGAAUGGUGCUUCUGCUGGGCCUCCUCCCGCUGGCCCCCCUUCUACGGGUCCGCCAUCUCAAAGCCCGGCACCACCACCCUCGCAACCUCCUUCACAGACCCAGCCAAGUCAAGCGCCACAGGCCAGCAUCGCACCCCCGACUGUCAAUCUCACGCCUGACAUCAUUGCUCGUUAUCCAGCCAACACUAACCAUAAUGUCAUCCGCAAUCUCGAGAUGUUCAGGAGCCAAUAUGUGAAACUGCGGACGGAGCCUGGCGAAGACACCAAGGUGGACAACGCGAUCAGAGCUUUCAUCGACACGAACGUCCCUCAGAGCAGUCUCACUGAUCCUGAACGUGGCCUUCUGACGGCGAUUACCAAAAUCCCUAACCUAGCUGCUUACCGGUCGAAUCCAGUCGCUGUCAAUCAGGAGAACCCGGCAACCCAACUUCCUGUGUCAAGCACUGCUGCCGCGGGGACUGCAGCGGCUAUUGCAGCGGCCGGCGCGGCCAGUACAACUGCAGAUCCACCUCACACUACGCAGCACCAACAGACUCCGCAGCGGCCACCUCAGCAAGCGGUCGAACAGGUAACGCAGUCGCCCGCAUCGUCUUCUGCACCCAUAGCAAACGCUCCAACGACCUCUAGUUCCCCGAAGAGUGAGCCGCACAAGUUCACGCCCAACAUGACUGUCCCUGCUUCAGCACCGGCAGCUCCCACUACAAGCCUACCCUCUACGCACCGACCAAGCGUGGAACCGCUUACGCCAGUACCGGGUUCACCGGCCGUACAGACUGGAACGCCGCUGAUCAAACGUUCAGUCACGGAGAUCACGGCUGCGGAUCUUGCGGCCAAAGAUGACAAGAGGUCGGCAGAUGAGAAGCCAGCCGAAAGCGCAGAGUAGUUCUCUGCCACAGAGAUGCUCCACCGAAGGCUGAAGGCACGGCAAGGAGGUCUCUUACAAUGAAGACACGGCUUACAUUCUCUGCACAUAUUUAGAUGCGCAUUUUACCCUUUCUGCUUUCAGCAUUACGACACGAAUAUGGUCACGACCUCAGGCGUUAAUGUGGCCCACUAUAUCCUGAUUUGCGAUAUUGAUACCCGAAGGUGGCCCAUCAUGGGCUUGGGCUUCCAAAAGUUUUCAGCAACGAUUUUGCGGCGCUACAUAUCUGGGCGCCUAUUCAGAAACGUGCUAUACAUGGAGGAAUAGCUCUACGUGAGGGACAUCUCUGAGCUUGAGACUAUACACAUCGAUUUGAAAUGCAGCUUAUUUACCAAGAUCUUGAU